AGAGACUCAAAAUAUCGCAGAGAAGGACAUAUAGAAUGGAUAUGGAGGACGUUAAACUCUUGGUUAUUCCCAACUCGACUGUUUUGACCAGUUUGGAUUCAGUAGCAGAGACUUCUAAUAGUGAUGAGAAAACUUUAGGUGUGCAAGUAUUUACUACUGAAGAAAAAUCAUUGGACAAAACUGUUCGAUGUGAAAUCUGCGGGAAAUCAUUCGGCAAAGUCCGUUAUUUAAAAGAACAUAAGAAAAUACACUCUGGAAAGAAACCUUGCCGCGAUGAAAUAUCUGCUAAAUCACUCUCUCGAACAUCUCUUGCUCUUCGUAAACCUAUUCACACGGGAAAUAAGUCUUACCACUGUGAAAUAUGCGGGAAAUCAUUCGUGAAAAACAGUAAUUUAACACAACAUAAGCGAGUACACACGGGAGAAAAACCGUUUACCUGUGAAAUAUGUGGGGAAGCUUUCUCUCAUAAUUAUCGUCUGGCUAUCCAUAAGCAUAGUCACACAGGGAGUAAACCUUUUCAGUGUGAAAUAUGUGGAAAAUCUUUUGCCCUUAAUAGUUAUUUGAAAAGUCACAAACGAAUUCAUACGGGGGAGAAGCCAUUUCAGUGUGAAAUAUGUGAGAAAUAUUUUGGUCAGAAAUCUAGUCUGGUCACUCACAUACGUAUUCACACUGGGGAAAGACCCUACCAUUGCGACGUUUGUGGCAAAUCGUUCUCUUUCAAUUCCAGUCUUUUACGUCAUAAAGCAAUGCACUCUGGAGAAAGGCCGUUUCAUUGUGAAAUGUGCGGAAAAUCCUUUGUGGAUAACGGUGAUUUAACGAGACACAAAAAGAUCCACAAUGAGGAGAAACCCGAGCAGUGCGAAAUCUGUGGAAAAUCUUUCCCAAUUAAAUCCAGGCUUGUUAACCAUAAACGGACACAUACUGGGGAAAAGCCAUAUCACUGUGAAAUUUGUGGGAAAUUUUUCGUCCAGAUUUCACAUCUUGUCAAUCACGUAAGACUACAUACAGGCGAAAGACCGUAUAAUUGUGAAAUAUGCGAGAAGUCUUUUGUGACUAAAGGGGCUUUGAUAAGGCACAGAAGGGUCCACACGGGGGAGAAGCCCUACAACUGUGAUAUUUGUGGGAAAUCAUUCACUAAUAAUUCUAAUCUUGUUGAUCACCUCAGAAUACAUACUGGGGAAAAGCCCUAUCAUUGUGAUAUAUGUAUGAAGUCCUUCAGGAGUAGUGGUCAUUUUGCCAAACACAAAAAAAUACACGCUGGAACAAAAAUCGCUUCGCAGUGAAUCAUGAUGAUGAUGAUGAUGUUCAUUUAGUGUACUCUUACUCUUUUACUUGUUUCAGUCAUUUGACUGCGGCCAUGCUGGAGC